AUGACUUUAGAGAGAAGAGGUCGACCUAGAAAACUUGAAUCGACGGGAUCACCUACCACACCAACUUUUGAGGAAAAACCAAGAGAAGAAAGAUCUUAUAAGGAUUUUUUUCCAGAUUUAAAUAUUAAGGAACCUUUACCGAUUAUCAACUUGAGCGAUCAAUCUAUAAAAUCGCCUUCCAACGACGAAUACGAAACAGCAUCGGAGGGUGAUUUACCGCCCAUUGAAAAAACAAUAAAAUUGCCCAUGGCUUCUUUUAAAAGAAUCGAUUCAAUACGACCAUUGGCUAAGGACAAUGAAGCUCAAGUAUUUCAACGGCCUGAAAAUCAUUACAUUCAACCCUCAGAAUCAGAAUUAUUUGAGACAGUAGAAUACGACAUGGAUGAGCAAGACCAAACAUGGUUACAGUUAUACAACGAAGAACGAAAAAAAGAAAAGCUUGGCCUUGUAUCUGGCGACUUAUUUGAAAGUAUCAUAGAUCAAUUAGAAAAAGAAUGGUUUGAUUUGAUCAAAAGUCUACCAAAAAAGACAAAUGACGAACCACCAUUACCAGAAGACUCAAAAUGUGCGAUUUGUGACGAUGGUGAAUGUGAGAAUAGUAAUGCUAUUGUAUUCUGUGAUGGAUGCAAUUUAGCCGUCCACCAAGAUUGUUACGGUAUACCAUAUAUUCCCGAAGGACAAUGGCUAUGCAGAAAAUGCAUGGUUUCCCCUGAAAAUCCCGUAUCUUGUAUUUUCUGUCCUGGUGAAGGUGGCGCUUUUAAACAGACAACAACAAAUCAAUGGGGACAUUUAUUAUGUGCUAUAUGGAUUCCAGAAGUCGGCCUCAGUAAUAGCGUUUAUAUGGAACCAAUCGACAAUAUCGAGAAUGUGCCUAAAAGUAGAUGGAAGUUAACCUGUUAUAUCUGUCGACGUAGACAUGGGGCUUGUAUUCAAUGUGAUAAUAAGAAUUGUUUUGUCGCCUUUCACGUCACUUGCGCACGUUGGGCUAGACUAUGUAUGCGUAUGAAAUUACAUGGUACUCAUUACGACGGUGUGGUUCUUAAAGCUUAUUGUGAACGACAUACUCCCAAGGAUUACAAAGAAGUGGUUAAUGUUGAUAAACUGGUGGUGGAUGCACAACGUUGGUUCAUGGAUCCAAAACGAAAGCGAGAUAAUUUAAUGCCAAGGAAGAGAUAUAUCGACGAAGAAGAUGAUGAUGCAUACCCAGCAUUAACCAAUACUGUAGAUUCCACGAAAAGCACCAAAAAGCAACGCAGGCAGCAGGCUGUCAGUCAAUUAUUACCAGCUUCAAAGGCGGCUCGAGCACAUCAACAUCAAUAUUCUGCGGGGGCUCCCAUUGCUCCAGAAUUUAUCCUGGAUAAAUUAGAAAGACUCAAAUCGGUGAAGCAAGCAACAAACCUAAAGAAAAAAUCUCAAGUUGUCACAAACAUUUGCAGGUAUUGGUCCUUGAAAAGAGAAUCGCGCAGAGGUGCACCACUAUUAAAGAGAUUACAUUUGGAGCCCUGGACCGCAUCUGCAUCUCAACUCAAACAAUCAGAAGUCGAAAAAGCACAUAAAGCAUCUUCCAUGAUCACUCUACGAGCAGACCUUGAAAAAUUACGACUACUAUCCGAACAAGUUCAAAAGCGAGAAAAAUUAAAAUUAGAUAGACUUAGAAAGCAAAAAGCAUACCUAGAAACCAUUUUUUAUCCUAUUGAAAUUGUGAUGCGACCUGUGAUUGAUGAAUUAAUGGAGUGA